AGGGAGGGCCGGGCCGGACCGGGCCGGGCCGGGCGCUACGCGGGUCCCUCCUCCGGCGCCACCGCUGUUUCCUGGCCGGCCUGCGAGGAGCCGGGCGCUGCCGGCCGAGGUUGCAGUACAUACAGAGCUUGUUGCUGUACCAUUGAGAAAAGAAGAAAUUGUCACCUCACAUUCUUGUUCAUCACCACAUGAUGUCCACCAUGAUACAGACAGCUCAAGGACUUGGACUGGCCGAGAUGCCGAUCCGUGCUGAUGAUGUGAUGAAGCUGCUCAGCCACGUUGCCCAGGUGAAGGGCAUGAAAGCUGCUGUGGCACACUCUGGCCGAGGAGCAGCGCUGGCAGGGGCAUCAGCUUUUGUGGGGGGCAUGCUGGGAGGCCCACCUGGAAUCGCUGUAGGAGGAGCAGUGGGUGGAUUGAUUGGAUGGAUGACUUCUGGACAGUUCAAGUCAGUCCCUCAGAUUUUAAUGGAAUUGCCUGCUGCUGAGAGGCAGAAACUCUGUGAUGAAACCAUGGCUGUUGUCAAGAACAUACACUGGACUGAUGCUGCUCAGCUGAUUGCUCUUGUAAUGUCGAAUUCCACUCUCACAGAGAAGGUGAUAGGAGUGCUGACCACUUACCUUACCAAUGAGCUAAAAGCACAAAUAAAAUAUGCAGAAUAAUCCUCUAGAGAGCAGGCUUUUUUUACUGUAAUGAAUUUUAUUCCAAUAGCUGUGAAUCUUUAACACAACAAUUACUAGUUAUCAGUACUAAUUAUAAAUAUAUACUGACCCAAGUACUUUUGAGGUGUUCAGUUUUGGUGUUUUAAAAUUUUUAUUAUCAUUUUUGAUUUGUGUGGAGCUGUAAAGAUAGUAUUAUGUUAUUGCAUUGUCCUGACACUGACUUGCUAUGUGAUUUUGGAUUGCUCUGCCCUAGGACUAGUUCAAAUCGCUGAAGGGAAUCAUGUUGCUCUUAGGCUGAUGUGUCAUUUGGGAAAAUUUUCAAAGUACAGUAAAUUCACGAAUACAAGCCGCACUGAGUAUAAACCGCAUCUCUGGGUGUUGG